AUGCGGCCGACGCCGCAACAGAUGAAAUGGACAAUCCCGCCCGUCUUUUAUGUCGGGGGAGAGUAUAUACGGGACAACGAAGGGACGCACAUGAGCGGACAGAUGUGCGUGCGGCAUUAUGGUGGUGGCGAUGGUCUUGAAGCAGAACAAGCCGACGCCUCUCGUCGCCGCCCGGCGGUCAUCUUCAUCCACGGCGCCGCGCAGACGGGGACGCACUUCGAAGUCACGCCGGAUGGGAGGCCGGGGUUGGCGCUGCUGCAGGCGCAGGACGGAUGGAACUGCUACGUCGUCGACCUCGUCGGCGUAGGCCGGUCACAGUACCACAGCGUCGACAUGGGCCCGCUGAAACACUACACCGUCGAAGAGCUACAAUCUGCCUUUACCGCGCCGGGGCCCGGCGCCUGGCCCUCGUCCAAGCUACACACGCAGUGGCCGGGCACAGGGAAGAGGGGCGAUGCGCUCUUCGACGCCUUCUACGCCAGCCAGGUCGGGCACAAUGCAAACUACAAAGUGAUGGAACCCCUUGUGCGCCAGGCCGCGCGCGCUCUCCUCGCCAAAACCGGCCCGGCGUACCUUGUCACACACUCCCAGUCGGGCCCGCUGGGCUGGCACAUUGCAGACGAGUGCCCGGAGCUGAUCAGGGGGAUUGUCGCGCUGGAGCCGCACGGCCCGCCGUUCGAAUGUCCGGACAUCGCGCCAUUCAACGGACGGCCUCAGCUGGUCGGCACGUUACUGCAUCCGUUCGGCAUCACGUCAACGCCACUGCACUUCUCGCCCGCGUUGCCCGAGGACCCCACGCAGCUCAGCUACGAGAAACCGUCCUCCUCGAACUCCCCCAAGACCGACGACGUUGACCGGGCGAGGGUGCGCGGAUGUCGCCAGAAAGACCCGCCCAGACAGCUGCCCAACCUCGCCGCUAUCCCGGUCCUCCUCGUCACCGCCGAGGCCUCAUACCAUACAAGCUACGACCACCUCAUGGCCGACUUCCUCCGAGACGCCGGCGUCCCCGUCGAGCACGUCUACCUCGCCGAAAGGGGCAUCAGGGGGAAUGGCCACUUGAUGGCCAUCGAGGCCAACAAUGAGGAGAUUCAAAAAUUCAUCGGUGGCUGGCUCGUCCAAGCCGAAGAGGAUCUCCGGGCAAGAACUUGA